GAAUUUCUAGUACAUCUGUAUUAUUCUUUCAUUUGUUUGUCCUAAGCUAAAUGUAAGGUUGCACCAGUUAUUUGUUGAAUGGGUAUUUUUAUUGGCACAUUGUAGUCCGUUCUUUCAUAGAAGAAGAAUCCCUCAGCUCGUGAAAAUAGGUGAAGUAAUAUGGGGUAAUAUAUUCUGAUGGAAAAACUGCUAGUUCACUGCCAUGGUUGUAAAUGUUAGUAUAAAGGUCAAGGCAACUACACGAUAAAGCACAAUGUUUGUACAUAGAUUAGAACAUCAUGCAAACCCUCUCCCAGACUCAUCCCGCUGAAGCCAUACAAUAAAGAUAAACAUUAUUUAAUCACUUCAGAUUCGACAGGAAGCUCUUUUAAAUGGCUUCACAAGGGUUUGGCUCAGGGAUAUUCAUACACAACAACAACAAACAUACAAUGUGUCAUGAGUCAAUAAUCCUAUGGAUUAACCCUGUUGGUGUUAGGUAUAUUAGUGAGUGUGGAGCUUGGAUACUCCUUAGUUGUCACAUGCACUCCAUGGCUUCCUUCGCCUGUUAGCACUCCUAGAAGUUGCUAGUGAAAAAAUCAAUGAAGACAGUCCUCCAUUGGUGGCAAAGCAAAGGGGCUAUAGAGAUUGCAAAUAGGCAGUGUCUGGGUUCUGGUGUUUUUGUUUUGACGGAGAUAAGGAGAAGAGUGACAUGAACAGAUGGUGCUGGAUCUUGUAAUUCUUAGAAAAUCCAGUGCAGUUUUACAUGGAAAUUGGAAUCAAUAGAUUGAAUGUGAUGGCCUAGUGGAACACUAGCCUGAAUGUAUCUCAGAGGAAAUAUAAAACAAAAGAAGUGAGGUGUGAGCAAGGGCAUUCCACACCAGAUAUUAAGCAGGAACAAUGAAAUCCACACAUGCAUUCCGCGACCAGGUGAAUGCAGUGACUGGGUGGUUUCAGGACUGGAAUGUCUGUGAGCAGACAGUAGCAUUGUACUCGCUUUUGAAGAAGCUGAACGCCAUACAGGCCAAGUUUUUACUCCAGGUCCUGGAACAGAAUGUAUCAGACUGCACUGAUGUUCAACUCACAGAACAAGAGGCAAAUGAUGCAGAUUACAUUAGCAGUCUGUGUAAUGAGCCUAGGGACUCCCAGGUAAUACAGCUGUUAUCACACCUGCCACUGCUGAGGCCGGGGAACGAGGUGGCCAAGACAGAGUACCUCAAGCUCAUUCCCAUCCUUCUGCAGUACUCCAUAGAGAAUGGCGUCCACAUUGAGGAGAGUCGUCAGCUGCUGUCGUACUCCCUGAUCCACCCCGCCAUCAACAGCGAGGAACGUUCUCAGUUUACUUUGUGGCUGGGCCACCUGGAGGAACGUUUUGCACACACUAACUAUCCCGUUAGACUUCAGCAGCAACCACAGCAAUCCAACGGACUUGCUCCUCAUUAUAACGACACUGGUGUCAUGCCCCCUGGUUACAUGAACGGCACUGGUGCCCCAGGCGGUCGUGGCAUGAACGGCUGGCCCAAUGGCGGCGGGUCUGCCAGAGAUUCUGGGAUUGGAAUGAAUGGCUGUGAGAAUUACCAGUACGUUGGCAGCAGCAGUAGUAGUAUGCUGUCAGUCAAUGGUGCUAGUGUGCCAGGGGACGGCAGGCAUGUCCCCUUACACACCACAUCCUCAGCUCCACCAAACUUUCAGAAUAACGGUUCUUCUCAGCCAGGUAACCAGCAUAGUCGUCUGAAGCGGACAGCAUCCGUGACCCCUCCUGUACCCGUGCCACUGAGUGUUGCAGACUGGGGCUUUAUGCAGCAGCAACAGGAUGAAGGCACACCACGCACGUCGCGCUCACACUCGCUCACCCUUGAUCAUGCCCCCCUCUCCCCACAGAGCAGCGCGGCAUCUUCCGGGAGUGGCAGCGAGUCCCACCAUGAUGAGCGGUCCGAGAGGAAUACUUUCUUAGAAGACAGUAGUGGAAUGAGAGAUGUGCCAGUGUGGUUGAAGACCCUACGUCUGCAUAAGUAUGCCUACCUGUUUCAGAAUAUGACGUAUGAAGAAAUGUUGGGCCUUACAGAACAGUGGCUUGAAGCUAAUAAUGUUACUAAAGGUGCUAGACAUAAAAUUGUCAUCAGUGUCAACAAACUGAAAGAUCGCCAGAACCAGCUGAGACAGAUGGAAAAGGACAUAAUGGAGGGUGGCAAUGUAAAGCAACCUCUCCAGGAAAUGCGUGCCAUGUUGAAUACUCCACUGAAGGCUUACACCCCCAGCACACCUGACCAAGAGAAAACCGAGCCCCCGCCCUCUCCCACGGGAACCGAGGGGGAGUCCUCAUCCAUACCAGAGGGGGAUGUGCCCAGACAAUUUACCAGAGUCAUGGGCAAAGUGUGCACUCAGCUGUUGACGUCCAGUCAGGUGGAGGAUGAAAGUUUUAACAUCUACCUGCAACUCAUUGACAAGGCUGUACAUCAUGAGGCAUUUACUCAAAGACAGAAGAACCUUUUGCUGACGUGGAAGCAACAGAUACAGAAGGUUUGGAGACAUAUACCCCAGAAAUUCACAAACAUCGACAACAAGCAACGGAAAGGGUCCUGGAGUGGAACUACUUUUCCAGUUGGUGCUAACAUGACAAAUGUGGGACGAGGGCAGCGCCCGGUGCGCACCCCUCUCACUCCCGCCAAUGCCAAACUAAUCCAGCAGCAGUGGGCGUUUAACAACAAACGCACAACGCUGUUUCCUGUGGCCCCAGGGGGACAGCUACCACUGCAGCGCAACAACUCCCUCAAUGCAGCUUUGCUCAAACCAGGAUUCUCUGAUGCCAAACAGCAAGUCCAGCGGACCUACUCAGCACCUAUCCGCCCAAGUGGUGUGCCUUUUGGUCUCCCACGUAGACCAGUUUCAGAUAUGAGUGUGUCAGAGAAUGAGAUCAAUGCAGGCUUGGACUCCUUAUGCCUAAGUAUGGCAGAACAUGCACUAGGGGGGCUAGACAGUGGAGACAAGGGAGGUACUUUUUGACAGUUACAGUGUCCGCAGCAACUUGUUACAAGCUCCAUGAUUGGUUGAAUAUAAGCAAAUAAGAGCUUGUCACUAGACUCUUUUGUUGAAUGGAAGAAAGAGAAGAUUUUACAGAAUCCAAGUUGUACUCAUUUAGAAAAUGCUUUUAUGAGCGCAAUAUAUAACUGGGGAGAUAGGUGUGCAUUUGUUUGUGCUUUGAUUCAUGAUAUGCAAGAAAAAAAAACACCUACAGUAUUUGUAUCUUGCAGUCCAGGUUACAUUGUGUACAAAGUAUCAUUGAUAUUGUGGUUUUACAUUUUUUGUGAAUGUUCAACGUUUUGAUUCGAAUUGCAUUUUUGAGAAAGGUUUUUAACACAAGCAAGAUGCUUGCUUUCAUUUCAAACAGUUUUGAAUGGAUAGAAAAAUUAAAACCAAGUGUGCAUAGUUGAAUAUAUGGCAGCAAUAUUAUUUAAUAUUUACAUACCUUUGUUUUGUCUGUUAACUGUAUGGUUAAGAUGUGUAAGUUUUAUUGUAAUAGAUAUAAACAGUUAACAGCAGUGCUGGUAUAACUGACACAGAAAAGGGUACUACGUAGCAUUAGCCUAUUUAUUGCAGAUAUUCCCAUUGUGCUGCCAUUUCAGUAGUUUCCUAGCAUAUCAACAGUUUGGGGGUGAUAGAAAGAGAAGUAAAAGAGAAGCAAAUUAAAUUCAUAUCCAAUCCCUCUGCAAGUCCCAAAGGCCAGCUGUUCCGUUGCUUUUGAACGCCGAGUAACUCGUAAUUGUGUAGAUGAUUCUAGUUAUCCACAACCAAAGUCAAUGUAGCUUUAGGAGAAACAGGUGUGCUGUGUAUUACUAUUGUUACAGCAUAGUCCAAUGGCUGUCAUCUCACGGCAUUCACUACACAUAGGAGGGAAUAUUAUAGAAUGGGGGCAAGCUGCUGAAAUAUGGGAGGGCACUUUGUUCCCUGCAUACUUGGAAGUUUGGUUUCUCUCUGGUAAUGCGGGGCAUGGCCAGGUCAGACAUAUCAUAGUUCUGGUUCAGUAUGGCAUUUUGGAACUUACAGAGGGGUCCUAGUGUGUUUGUUAUGUCAUUUAAAAACUGAAGCUGGUUUUCAAUACAUAUACUGUUCAGUUAGUGGUGUAUAAAUCAGCAUUUUUUUUUUCUUAUAUUUGUGUGUGUGUGUGAGACACACUGCCGGUACAGUGACAAUUUCCACUUUUUUAAGGAAUAUGAUACUAGCCAGUUUUUACACAUUUGGUCAAGUUAACAUGAUAGUCCAAUGUAAUGCAGUGCAGAAGAUUCAGAGAUGUUGCAAUAAAUUGUAAUAAUUAAUUAAUUAAUCGGCCAAAUUCUGCCCACUCUUCAGGAGCUAGAUCUGCUGAGCGAGUGGACCAGAGCUCAAAAGUUUUGUACAUGUAUACUUACGGCAAACCUUGUUUUGGUUCCAGCAACCAGCAAGGUUGCCUUAAUGCUGAGCCAAAGUUAUUUUUGCAUUCGUUCAUUAUAAUCCUAGAUAUCCAAGGCUCUCCAUAACCAGAGGUGUGAAAAGGGGAGAUUUUAUUAGUGCAGUAACAGUUUGUGUAACUCAAACGUGGCCAUAAUGCCCACAACAAUCCUCUGAGAGGAUUUGAUCAGCUUGAUGCAAAUUGCCAGGUCUGAUGAUAUUAUUCAUACUAUUAUUCCCACACCAAAUUUUUUAUUAUUAUAAUUAUUAGUAUUAUCACUACCACAGACAACCUGCGUUCAGAACCACUGUGACUGAGAUGUAGCUGUGUGUGAUGUCAUUGUGUCUUGUUAGCGAGAUUGUGUGGACCUCAGGGGACAUGUGACAUUAUAUGGUGCCUUAAGCCCUGGACUACACACAAAGCACUAGUACUACUUCUUGGUGGAAAGCUAAUAGACUCGCUUAAUCCUGGAUUGAGAGAAAUCUCCAGCUUGGUGUUUUCAUAAGUUGCCCUUACAGAUUCAUGUUUUCCGAAGUGCAUGGAUCUUAAUUUGCAUAAUCUUAUUGUGAUUUAAAGUCCUUGAACAUGCUUUGAAGGUUCUCGUCCGCUAGAUGGUGGGGACAAAACACUGAAGCUAAGCUAUGCAAUAUGAAGGUUUUAUUUAAUGUUAAGUAAUGUAGUACAUCUUGCUCAAAUCAGCAGUGGUGUGUUUUCAAGCCACUUGGGGGACGUUGCAAGAUGAGCCCUGUUUACACCCAGUUUACUGAUGUGAACCAGUUGUAUAACUGCACACAGCUUAGAAUCAAUAUGAAAUCAAACCUUAUUUCAGGGCUCUGUAAACAGGAAAAUAGGGAGUGUGCCAUCUUGGACCUCUGCAUGGAAGUGUUGCCAUGGUGAUACUUCCACUGGGAUACCUCGAUAGGUGUCACUACAUGAAAUGUUGCCAGAUAGUUAGGGUCAGUAGUGCAGUUGUUACAGCAAGUAGCAGUUCUGAGGUGGUGGGCAUUUGUUGAUUAGUUAGCUGUUGUUCAUAGGUCUUAGGAUAUGCCAUUUCUUUUCAAGUUAAAGUGAAUCUCACACAUGAUUGUCAUUUUGAUGAUGGUGCUUUUGACUCUGCAUCCAUGGCUCACAUUGCAGGCUGUGCCAUAUGGGUAACAAGGGCAUUGUUUUUUAUUUGUAAAUUGUUUCUUCUGCAGACAGGUUCCAAUGAAGAAAUGAGCUUUGCUUUCAGUAUUUAGUUUCAGAUUGAUAUGGUGAUUCAGUGAAUUAACGUAAAUCAAAAGUUGUGUAGUUUUCAAGUUACUGAUACCCAAUUAGAUACCAAUGCACAGGUCGUAGAAAAACAGAAGUCUUGAGAGGCCAACAACAAGAAAAAUUAUCAAAAGUGGGCAAUACUCAACUGGUUGAGUUUUUUUAACAGCACUUCAACUGAUUUAAAAUUUUAUUGAAAUUAAGGCCAUUACAAAGCCAACAUGCAAUAUUUGGAGCAGGUCCAAAACUUCUGUCCAGCUCCCGGCCUAGUGUAGGCCAUUAAGACCUAGUGUCCUGGCUGUCAUAGAAAUAUUCCAUACAAGGACUAGAGCUAGAAAUAGUCACCUUUGUCUGACUUGAUGAACAAGUAGUAUUUUGUGUACGUGUAGAUGUUGUAGUUUGUUGAGAACACCUGACAACACAGCAGAUAGUAUGGCCGUGUCUGUUGCAUACUUUGUAUUGAUGGGGUAUUUGGAAAUAAAUUUGAAAUGAAAGUGU